AUGUCUCACGUUUUUACUGGCUUGACAAGAAGAAGAACUAUCAGUAGUGGGACGUCGACGUUUAUUCGUCACAUCAAUUCGAGCAUGAGGAGUGUCCGACUUCUUUCCGUCAAUUACCAUCUGCGAGCCAAGCGUAAUGAACCUGUUCAGGAGGAAGUGAAUGACGAACCCAUUCGCUUCUCCACCAGCAAGGCCAGUCACAGAACUUGGACUGUGCAGCGAUCCUUGGGAAGCCAGUACGAACGCCCGUGGUGGAAAGUGCUCCCCAUUACUGUGCUCGGGGUGAGCUUCCUGUUAUGGUGUGCCUUCAGAGAAGAAACGGACAUUGACGUGCAGUUGGAGAAGGAACUUUACCAACAUUUACCCGGAUUGCUUUCCGAUGAGGAAGAUGACGAAAAAGAAUGA